GUUGGAGCACUAUCAGCGCAAGGGCUGCCUGUGGCGCGUGGAGGGCGACACGAGCGACGAGAUCAGUCCCAAGCUGUUUUCCGAAAUAGAGCGACAGUUCUGUUAGAGACGGGCACUUGAUGUCUCCCGGCCCUGGAUUCCUUCUUGUACUAUAUAUCGGUUUUUAUUCUGGUCUCGGCUGUUUGUUGGCGUCGCAUUCCUGCAGUCCAAGAAGGGUUGCAGAUGGAGGCAGUGUUUUUUGUUUUUUUUACUUUUUUUUCUAUCCUUACCUUACGAAGACGGCUAGCAUCUUUCGUGGACGAGAUAUACCUUAUGAUCAGUCUAACGAUGUUAUGGAAUACCGCACCGAAGGCGGAUGAUCAAACAUUCAUUCAUCACUCAUGCCAUGAAAAAUCAUAAUAACGGGGAUAUCUAUCAAG